GCUUCCGGGAGCGCCGCGUGAGGCGGUGGCUGGGAAUCGUGGCUGUGGAUCAUGGCUGGGUCGGUUGGUUCGGCCCCGGCGAGGCUCGCGCUGAACCCGCGGGAAGACUCGCAGCUUCAGAAGAAGGUGGCGCAGGUCCGCCGGCGCGCAGGCAAGCAAAACAAGCAAGAAAACCUUACCCCUGGAGUUAUCUUUGUGGGCCACCUACCUCCAGCACUUUAUGAAGGCCAGAUCCACGAAUAUUUCUCCCAGUUCGGCACUAUUAAAAGAUUGAGACUGUCUAGAAGCAAACGGACUGGAAAUAGCAGGGGCUAUGCCUUUGUGGAGUUUGCAUGUGAGGAUGUUGCUAAGAUAGUUGCAGAAACAAUGAACAACUACCUUUUUGGUGAAAGACUUCUGGUGUGUCAAUAUAUACCGCCAGAAAAAGUACAUGUGGAACUUUUUAAGGAAUGGAAUGUUCCAUUUCGUCAGCCCUCAUUUCCAGCAGUGAAGCGCUACAAUCAGGAUCGGAAAUUGGCACAAAAGCUACGGAUGGAGCAACGUUUUAAAAAGAAAGAAAAAUUACUCAGGAAGAGGCUAGCUGAGAAAGGAAUUGAUUACAGUUUUCCUCCUUUGGUUUUACCUAAUCCAAAAAUAGUUUCAGGCCCAUCCAAGAAAAAGAAGAAAAGAGUCUCAGAAGCCCAGCCUGAGCAGUCUGUGGAUGGCCAGGUUUUGCCUGAUACCAAAAAACAACAGACUUUGGGAAUAGCUAAGAAACAGAAGAAGAAAGCAGUUUCAAAAGGCACUCCUAACACUCCCGAGAAGUCUGUGGAUAGCCAGGGGCCCACACCAGUUUGUACGCCAACGUUUUUGGAGAAACGAAAAUCAGAAGUGACUGGCAUGAAUGAUGACAAAGAUAACGAAAUCGUUUUCAAACAGCCUGUUUCCAGUGAAGUACAGAAGACUCCAGUGCCUGCAUGCUCAGGGAAAAAAAGGCGAAGGAAAAGAAAAGGCAGCCAGUGACUCUGAAGAGACAUCUUAUAUGUAGCAUAUUUUGGGGGGAAAAAAUGUGAUAAUUUUAUAAGGCUGUCCAUAUUUUACUAGGUACAGUAAAAUCCAAAUGUUAAGACUUUUAAUGUGUAUUCAUGCCAUUAAGAAAAGCCAUCAGUAAUUGUGGCUGGUUGCCCUUGUUAAAAUACAGGGGUGCAAUGAUGGGCUUUGUGUGAGCUCAUAGCUUCCUUUUGUUUUACCUGCCAUUUGUCACCACCAGUCCUGGUGGAACCCAAAGGGUAUUUUCUUCUUAAAUUUUUUACUGACUUUCUUGAGAGAGAAAGAGACAGAUACAGAACAAGAGAUUGGGUGUGCCAGGGCCUUCAACCACUGCAAAUUAAGCCCAAAUGUUUGUGCCCCCAUGUGCAUCUGGUUUAUGUGGAUGCUGGGGAGUUGAACUUGGGGCCUUUGGCUUUGCAGGUAAGCGCCUUAACUGCUCAGCCAUCUCUCCAGCCCCCAAAGGAUAUUUUAGGCUUCAUCAGGUGGCUGAAACUAGAAGCUGAAUUCUGUGGAGAGGAGCAGUUCAAGUGCUGAUACAGUCUGCGUAUGUGUUUACAUGCUGGCACAGUAGACAUGACUUGUUUUCUCCAGUAAUAGGCAUUUAGGGUGGGCUAGGAUCAAUUGAUAGCUGCCAUUUUGGAGCCAUAUCAGCAGUAUGGCAGUGUACUUAAGAUCCAAACAGUGGCCAACAAAUACACUUCUUUAUUAUUGCUAUUAUUGUUGUUGUUGUUGACAAUAAACCAUGAUAAUUCCCUCUCCCAAUACACUUCUCCAAUUUAUCUGUAUAUAAGUAGCACCUUGGUGCUGUGAGGAAAAAAUAAAAGAUUUCUGUUCACUGGUUUUAA